UGUGUAAAUGGGCCUUUACCACAUUUGUUCCUAUAAAUAUAUAAACCCUAGCACCUUCUUCCAUCUUACAAUACGAAACCCUUAAGCAAAGAGACGCACAAGGCGCCGCAAGUAGAAGAAAGGGUAGGGAAAAAUGGAGCCGGCGAGGAAUGUUAAGGAUGUUUCACCACACGAGUUCGUCAAGGCUUAUGCCGCUCAUCUCAAGCGCUCCGGCAAGAUGGAGCUUCCCGAGUGGACUGACAUUGUCAAGACUGGAAAACUGAAAGAGCUUGCCCCAUACGACCCUGAUUGGUACUACAUUAGGGCGGCUUCUAUGGCAAGAAAGAUCUAUUUGAGAGGAGGUAUUGGUGUUGGUGGAUUCAGAAGAAUCUAUGGUGGUAACCAGAGGAAUGGCAGUCGUCCACGUCAUUUCUGCAAGAGCAGUGGUUCAGUUGCACGCCACAUCCUUCAGCAGCUGCAGACCAUGAACAUCAUCGACUUUGAACCCAAGGGUGGAAGGAGAAUCACAUCCAACGGACAAAGAGAUCUUGACCAAGUUGCUGGAAGAAUUACUGCUGCCAAUUAAGAGAUGAAAAAGCAGCAGCCGUUUUUAUGAAUACAUGAGUUGUUUUAAACUUAUAAUUUCGUGUUGGACCUAUGUAGAUGUAGGGUAUUGUUGAACCUUUCUCUGCAUGUUUUGCCCUUUUUCUUUAAUGUGGGAUUCUUUUUGGCAUCAAUAUGCUAGUUUUGUCCUUCGUACUUCA